UGAACAAUUGGAUCGCGAUACUAGUUCGUGGAUGGGGUUACAUAGGUAGUUAGCUGUAUUAGCAGAAGGCUAGACGAGAUCGUGUCCGGAUUAUCCUCGACUCGAGAACAAUUGACAGCAGAAGAGUCUCGAUUGUGUAAUUCAUUAAGCAGAUGAAUGAGGAAAAGUUGCAUGACUUAGAUCCCUUUUUCCGCAUUUCUCUCUGCGUAGGCUUAUCUGAAGUUAGCUUCUGACCUGACUGGACAGUUAACCAUAUUGAUAGUUUGCUCACGUGGACACGCACCCUUUGCAACCCCCUGGUUUAAGUCGCACGCACCUCUUCUCCCUGUGAUAUUCUGCGGGAAGACGAGACUCAAGCGGACCUUUUCUCUGGUAGGUAUCCAGAUAUACAGAUACCCCUCAGGUACAUACAUACAAUGUUGCUGUUGGGGAUACCUCGGACGCGUCCGGGCCGCCUGCUGCCCAGGAAGUCCAUGUCAAUCUUACGCGCACGGGCAACAAACAAGUCCUACUCAACAACAAGAAGUUCAUCCUCAAAGAACUCGAUAAAAUAUAUAGCAGCUACCGGAAUAGCUAGCUCGUCAGGCCUAUGGUGGCUGAUUACUUCUUCAGCUCAUGAUGAUGUCCCGAAUCUUGAAAAAAGACCACUAUCCAAGCAAUCUAGCGCUGAUCUUGAUCUUUCCAAAAAAGAACAAGUCACGAAUAUAAUAUCACGAGAAGCAUACUCGUAUCUGGUUCGAAAUAUCCCCGGCGUUGACCGCUACGAUGGCGCUCAAGUCCCUUCCAACAGUCCCUGCGAGGACGUGUUCAUCCACGGUAGCUUUCCCUCUCCAUGCAAUGAUGGCAAUCAAUGGAUGGCCUGGGCGGUUCUCGAUGGACACGCAGGUCGACAAACGGCAGACGUACUGCAAGAGAAGCUGCUGCCUUUUGUGCGACGCAGUCUGGAGCACGUCGAGUCAAGUCCUCUUCAGAAUCUAGGUCCCGAGGAGACCGUCCAGCGUGCUAUUUCCCAAGGAUUCCUAGAUCUCGACGAGACCAUUUUCAACACGGCGCUAGAUGCGGCGAAGAGCAAUGAACCAUUAUAUGAGAAAGUGGACAAGUUGCUACCUGCUUUUUCCGGGUCGUGCGCUUUGCUAUCGCUAUACGAUCCUAUCACGAGUACAUUGCAUGUAGCAUGUACUGGCGAUUCAAGAGCCGUUCUAGGCCAACAGAGACCAGAUGGAACAUGGGAAGUAAUGCCUUUAUCGAUAGAUCAGACUGGUCGUAAUGAAGAAGAGAUCGCUAGGCUCUACAGGGAACAUCCCGGUGAAGAAGACAUUGUCAAAGACGGACGAGUGCUGGGUCUAAUGGUCUCGCGAGCCUUUGGCGAUAGUCGCUGGAAAUGGCCCUUGGAAAUACAGGAGGAAAUGAAACGGAAUUUUUAUGGUCCAGCACCGCUGACGCCAAAGUAUGAUGUUCGAACACCGCCAUAUCUCACUGCUGAGCCUGUUGUGACGACUCUGAAGAUCGAUCCUAGCAGAGCUUCGUUCUUGAUCAUGGCCACAGAUGGUAUGUGGGAUAUGAUGUCUAACCAUCAGGCUGUUCAUCUAAUAGGGGAUUGGCUGGAUACGCAACAAGCAGCAGCGGAAGAACAGGAGAAGAAGCAUAACCAACCAGAACCAGCGCACGAACCGAUUAUUGGUGACUUUGGUCGACUGAAUGAGGUAUUCGUGGACGCGAGAAAGACAAUUCAAGAUGAUAAUGCUGCUGUGCAUCUUGUGCGCAAUUCCCUGGGUGGAAAUUGUCAUGAGUUGAUAGCUGGUCGGUUGGCUUAUAGUGCUCCGCAUUCUCGGUAUUUACGCGAUGAUAUAACUGUGCAGGUGGUGUUUUUUAAUACUCGAAAUUUGAAAAGAGGAUAAAUAGAUAGAUAGAUAGAUAGAAAGUGUAAGAAUUAGAGGAUGCGCAGUGGAGUUUAUUGAUUUUUCAUUGUUGAUAAUCCCGAUUUCUAACUACAAGAGAAAUGCGCAGUUAAC